AACAGGCUUCCUGGAAUCCAUGCCCCAUGAAGUCUUGUCAACCAUCUGAGUGUAGCAGUGAAGAAGUAGAAGAAGUAGCAGUGUUGCAGGAGACUGUGGUAUCUUUGUGAGUGACCCCGGCGGCUUAUGGCAGUGGGCUUAGGACCGUCUGCGACACACCAUGCUUCGUGGGACGAUGAGAAUGCCGCAAGCAAAGAGGCCUGAAAUCGCAAUCCCUUGGCUCCUCUUGGUCGCAGCAGGCUGCCUCGCUGACUUGAAUGAGGUCCCUCAGGUCACCGUGCAGCCUGCAUCCACAGUCCAGAAGCUGGGAGGAACCGUGAUCCUGGGCUGCGUGGUGGAACCUCCGUGGGUGAACAUCACCUGGCGCCUGAACGGGAAGGAGCUGAACGGCUCAGAUGAUGCUCUGGGCGUCCUCCUCACGCGGGGGACCCUCGUCAUCACUGCCCUCAACAACCACACCGUGGGGCGGUACCAGUGUGUGGCCCGGAUGCCUGCGGGGGCUGUGGCCAGCGUGCCGGCCACAGUGACACUAGCCAAUCUCCAGGACUUCAAGUUAGAUGUGCAGCACGUGAUUGAAGUGGACGAGGGGAACACAGCGGUCAUCGCCUGCCACCUGCCUGAGAGCCACCCCAAAGCCCAGGUCCGCUACAGCGUCAAACAAGAGUGGCUGGAGGCCUCCAGAGACAACUACCUGAUCAUGCCAUCAGGGAACCUCCAAAUUGUCAACGCCAGCCAGGAGGAUGAGGGCAUGUACAAGUGUGCUGCCUACAACCCAGUGACCCAGGAAGUAAAAACCUCCGGCUCCAGUGACAGGCUGCGUGUGCGCCGCUCCACAGCUGAGGCUGCCCGCAUCAUUUAUCCCCUGGAGGCCCAGACCGUCAUUGUCACCAAAGGCCAGAGUCUUAUCCUGGAGUGUGUGGCCAGUGGGAUACCACCCCCUCAAGUCACCUGGGCCAAGGAUGGGUCCAGUGUCACCGGCUACAACAAGACACGCUUUCUGCUGAGCAACCUGCUCAUUGACACCACCAGCGAGGAAGACUCGGGCACCUACCGGUGCAUGGCCAACAAUGGCGUGGGAGAGCCUGGGGCAGCCGUCAUCCUCUACAACGUGCAGGUGUUUGAGCCCCCUGAGGUCACCGUGGAGCUGUCGCAGCUGGUCAUCCCCUGGGGUCAGAGUGCCAAGCUCACCUGUGAGGUGCGCGGGAACCCCCCGCCCUCCGUGCUGUGGCUGAGGAACGCCGUGCCCCUCACCUCCAGCCAGCGCCUGCGGCUCUCCCGCCGGGCCCUGCGCGUGGUCAGCGUGGGGCCCGAGGAUGAAGGUGUCUACCAGUGCAUGGCUGAGAACGAGGUCGGGAGUGCCCACGCGGUGGUCCAUCUCAGGACCUCCAGGCCAGGCACAACCCUGAAGCCCUGGCGGGAUGCUGAGCCGGCCACUGCCACACCUCCCGUGCCACCCUCCAGACCCAGCAGCCCUGACCAGAGGCUGAGGGAGCGACCGGGGCUCGCCAGGCCCCUGGCGUCGAUGCAGCCUGCUUCCUCACAGUGCCCAGGAGAGAAGGGACAGGCGGCUCCUGCCGAGGCCCCCAUCAUCCUCAGCUCGCCCCGGACCUCCAAGACUGACUCCUACGAGUUGGUGUGGCGGCCUCGGCACGAGGGUGGCAGCCGAGCACCCAUCCUCUACUACCUGGUGAAGCACCGCAAGCAGGUCUCAAACUCCUCUGACGAUUGGACCAUCUCUGGCAUUCCAGCCAACCAGCACCGCCUAACCCUCACCAGACUGGACCCCGGGAGCUUAUAUGAGGUGGAGAUGGCCGCAUACAACUGUGCUGGUGAAGGCCAGACCGCAAUGGUCACCUUCCGAACUGGACGAAGACCCAAGCCCGAGAUCAUGGCCAGCAAGGAGCAGCACAUCCAGAGAGAUGACCCUGGUGCUGGCCCCCAAAGCAGCAGCCAGCCAGACCACAGCCGCCUCUCUCCCCCAGAAGCUCCGGACAGGCCCACUAUCUCCAUGGCCACUGAGACCUCAGUGUAUGUGACCUGGAUUCCUCGGGGGAAUGGUGGCUUCCCCAUCCAGUCAUUCCGUGUAGAAUACAAGAAACUAAAGAAAGUGGGAGACUGGAUUCUGGCCACCAGCGCCAUCCCGCCCUCACGGCUCUCUGUGGAGAUCACAGGCCUCGAGAAAGGCACUUCCUAUAAGUUCCGAGUCCGAGCUCUGAACAUGCUGGGAGAGAGUGAGCCCAGCGCCCCCUCCCGGCCUUACAUGGUGUCAGGCUACAGCGGCCGCAUGUACGAGAGGCCGGUGGCGGGCCCCUACAUCACCUUCACAGACGCAGUCAAUGAGACCACCAUCAUGCUCAAGUGGAUGUAUAUCCCAGCAAGUAACAACAACACGCCAAUCCACGGCUUUUACAUCUACUACCGACCCACAGACAGUGACAACGACAGUGACUACAAGAAAGAUAUGGUGGAAGGGGAUAGGUACUGGCACUCCAUCAGCCACCUGCAGCCAGAGACCUCCUAUGACAUCAAGAUGCAGUGCUUCAAUGAAGGAGGGGAGAGCGAGUUCAGCAACGUGAUGAUCUGCGAGACCAAAGAGAGGUGGCAGAUGUGGGGGAAGAGGACAGAAGGAAAAGAGAAGUGUAAAGCGCAGCAGUCAGGUGGUAGAGGAAGAGCAGAGGACUGUGGCAGCAGGGAGCUGAGGAAGAAGACCAGGUUGAAGGAGCGAACAGUGCCAGAUACACCAACAGCAAACCCAGCUCGGAAAUCUGGCCAGCCCGGUCGACUCCCACCGCCGACCCUGGCCGCACCGCAGCCCCCACCCCCAGAAACCAUGGAGCGACCAGUAGGCACCGGGGCCAUGGUGGCGCGCGCCAGCGACCUGCCCUAUCUGAUCGUUGGAGUUGUCCUGGGCUCCAUCGUCCUCAUCAUCGUGACCUUCAUCCCCUUCUGCUUGUGGCGGGCCUGGUCUCAGCAAAAACAUACAACCGAUGUGGGUUUCCCUCGAAGUGCGCUCCUGUCGUCCUCCUGUCAGUACACCAUGGUGCCACUGGGAGGACUCCCAGGCCACCGAGCCAGCGGACAGCCCUACCUCAAUGGCAUCCACGGGCGGGCCUACACCAAUGGACUGCGUGUGAACAGCGGCUGCCCUGCGGCUGCAGGGGGCUGCCCAGGCAUGAAGCCUCAGCAGCACCGCCUGGGGGAGCUGCAGCAGCAGGGAGACACCAACAGCCUGCUGAGGCAGACCGUUCUGGACAAUGGAUAUGAUCCCCAGAGCCACCAGGUUACCAGGGGUCCCAAGUCUAGCCCAGAUGAGGGCUCUUUCUUAUAUACACCGCCUGAUGACUCCACUCACCAGCUUCUCCAGCCCAAAGACCGCCACUACCUCCAGGAGCAGCCUGCAGCCGUCACCCAAUCAGGAAAAAGAGCAGCCGAAAGUUCCCAAUGGGACGCUGCCUGGGACCCUCCAUUCCACUCAGGGCCCCCCUGCUGCUUGGGCCUUGUACCGGUUGAAGAAGUGGACAGUCCUGACUCCUGCCAAGUGGGCGGAAGAAGCUGGUGUCCCCAGAACCCCUCAGGGCCCUACGUAGGACAGGAACCUGGGGUGCGGCUCUCCUCCAGCCCGACAGUGCAUGUGUCUUUUGAAACACCACCUCCCACAAUUUAGGCCAAUAUCCUAGAAAGACUAUAUUGUAUGUGUGUGUUUUUUUAAAGAGACAGAGAAAAUCGGUAUUUAUUUUUCUAUUAUAGCCAUAUUUAUAUAUUUAUGCACUUGUAAAUAAAUGUAUAUGUGUUUUUAUAAUUCUGGAGCGACCUGAGGAGUCUUCCCUGUUGAUGUACGAAAGGGGAAACAAGCUGCAACAUAACAGGAGUCAACCAAGAAAGAGUCCCGCGGACCGGGAUGCGGCCUCCGCACACUGCCUGGGGGCCGCGGGACGCCCACAUACGAGCUCAUGGAAGGCGGAACCCCAGCGCACUGUUUGUGAAGAGCACCAGUGAAAAGCAAGGGCCAGGGCAUCAGGAACUGGAGACUCCCCGGGAGACGGCGGGGGCUGGUGGCAAAGGCCGUGCUGUCUAGAUGCCACGUGAACAGACUCAGACAUGUACAGCGCCGUAAGCAUUAACAAACCUUCCAGAAUCAAUAAUCUGUGGCAACAUAUCUCUGUAAAAACAAACACUGUAACUUCUAAAUAAAUGUUUAGUCUUCCCUGUAACCUU